UUGAUGACCACAUUGGCCGAUGUUCGCUUAUGAUAAAGGUGACGGGGUGUGGGGGAGGUAAACUCAGUUUCGCUGCAGCACGCCUUCUUAGACAUUCGUGCUUUUCUGGUCCUCGCAGAAGAAGUCGAUGCUUGAAAGUUUUAUUUUAUUUUUGUUAGUGAAAACGAUCAGAAGUACUACGGCCAAGAUACGUUGAAGUCAACAGAAACAAUUUGAUUAGAAAGGAGCGCAUGGGUCCUGAUCAGUAGCCCAUCUACAGUAUUAUAGGAAUGUUAGCCUGCUGUAACUAAACAUUUCUGGGAUGUCACUCGAAGAUCUUUUAAAUAAGUUUUCAUGAACCCAAAACUGGUUUAGUCAAUUUCACUCUGAAAACAUAUUUCGCGUUUUGGAAGGAAACGAAAUAGCAAUACUAUUUCAAAUUAGACUCCGGAUUUCUGUUGGAAAGACUAGACUGUCAGCCUCUACUUAGGAAAGACUUCCAAGUGAAGCCGGGUUCAGACUGAUCAUGCAAGGGUUAACUUUUUCUUCGUCUCCAAACACCAGCUCUCUGGACACCGAAAAUGGACACACUAAUAUUUCUUUGCGGAAGAUAGAUAAUUACACUUAUUCAUCUUAUUACCAGCAUUCUCCUCCUGUAGCAACCAUAUUCAUUUUUGCCUAUGUCCUCAUUUUCUUUCUGUGCAUGACGGGCAACAGUCUUGUUUGUUUCAUUGUGUUAAAGAGCAAACAGAUGAGAACAGUCACUAACAUUUUUAUCCUGAACCUAGCCAUCAGCGAUCUGCUGGUGGGAAUAUUCUGUGUGCCGACUACCCUUGUGGACAACUUGAUAACAGGCUGGCCGUUCAACAACACCGUCUGCAAAAUGAGUGGCCUGGUGCAGGGAGCAUCAGUGUCCGCUUCGGUCUUCACACUGGUGGCCAUUGCGGUGGAACGUUUUCGUUGUAUUGUCUACCCUUUCCGUCAGAAACUCACAUUGAAGAAAGCCAUCCUCACCAUUGCAGUCAUCUGGGUUCUGGCUGUGAUCAUAAUGUGCCCCUCCGCUGUCACCCUCACCGUCUCCAGAGAUGAGUACCACUUCAUGGUGGAUAACUACAACCACACCUAUCCCCUGUACACCUGCUGGGAGGCCUGGCCAGACCAGGGCAUGCGCAAGAUCUACACCACCGUCCUCUUCUCCCACAUCUACCUGGCCCCGCUCACCUUGAUCGUCAUCAUGUACGCCCGGAUCGCCGUCAAGCUCUUCAAGUCCCCAGCCCCCGUCCGGGAUGCCCACUCCGAAGACGGCGACGGGCGCAGGGUCUCCAAAAAGAAGAUCAGGGUCGUCAACAUGCUUGUGAUCGUGGCCCUGCUUUUCACGGUGUCCUGGCUGCCCCUCUGGACUCUGAUGCUGCUGACUGACUAUGGCAACCUGACCGCUCGCCAGCUCAACGUGGUGACCGUGUACAUAUUCCCCUUCGCGCACUGGCUUGCCUUCUUCAACAGCAGCGUGAACCCCAUCAUCUACGGCUACUUCAACGAAAACUUCAAGAGGGGAUUUCAGGCUGCCGUCAAGUUCCAGCUCUGCUUUCUGGAAUCGGAGCACCGGGAGACGUAUAAAAGACGAGCCAGUGGCAGGGAGCAUAACCGAAUCUUUGUUGAGGUUCAGCCCAACAACUCUGACAGCCGGAAGAGGUGGAGGGGGGUGGGGCUAUUUGGUCGAAAGAUUAGCAGGGUGACCCAUCAUGGGCUUGUGGUGGAGAAUCUGGAUCAGGGUUCCUCAAAUAAUGGUUGCAGUGUUUCUGCAUGGGGAAUGUAGGAGUCCUCAACUGACUGUUUUCUGUUAGACCACCACAGUCUUAUCUAAAAUAUGUCAAGAAAUGGAGGCGUUGAAACGUUUCCAGUUCCAUGUGGUGUCGCUCAAGGCCUAAAUCACCCUCUUGUCGUGUCAAAUGCAGAUCCAAACAAAAAUGGGCGUGUGUUUCCCGAUUUGGUAGUUAAACAGCAUUACCUGCCCUGCCAGCUCAGGUGUUGAGUGGGGAAAAAUAAACACAAUUUCUUUGUUAAAAAGACAUGGCAACAGGAGCCAAAAAACAGCUCUCUGACCACGGUUAAUAAGCGACUUCUGUGCUUGCUCUCCCAUGCAUUAAUUUUCUUAGCAGAUGCUCCUGUCCAGGGUUGUGUUAAAUGUACAGAAUUAACAUUAAAUGCAAUGGAAAUAGUGAUUGUGCUGGCACACACUGGAAGAGUAAUGCUACGCUAGGGCCACCCGAGGAAGAGCAACCAUAACCUUCAGAAGGGGAGGGGCUGCCAGGGGAUAUCCUGAUCUCAGGAGGAACAAGAAGAUCAGGAAUUAGACUGAGGAGCAAAAGCAGAGAUGAUGUCAGUUUUGCUAGAAGCUGAUUGGCAGGUCCUGCAAUGAUCCAGGGCCCAGAAAUGGGAGAAGACAGGGGAAGAGGAAAGGAAAACAGGUUUAGGGGGGACUCAGUCAGCAGGGGAGGUGACUUCCAGAAGAGGAUAGGGAGACAGAGGGGAUUUGACUUGCCCUGUGGCAGUAACAGUUGUGACUAUGUGGCCUGACCUGUCUGUAGACUCUUCUUUCACCAUGACUGUGUCAGCCAAUCGCAACAGAAAUUUGUGCUUGAGAAUCCUCAAGUCAGUGCUCAGUAUAACACCAUGACAGUCUAACCUGUAACCCUCACCUAUGUGCGCAAACUUCACAGCAGCACUCUUUAAUUUUCCAGGUUGAAAAUUCUGUGUAUAAAGAAAUAUACUGUUUCCUUUUACCCACCAAUUUUAAAGUUCAAAUUGUCCAGUUGUCCAAGGUCCAAUAUGUAACUUGUGAGAGAUUUUCCAAUUGUUUGCUGAUUUUUGCUUGUCCCUGAUAGAAAACUUCAGUCAAGCCUGAAUCAAUCUUCUACUGAGUGACAGGUGGGCACAGGUGACAGAUCUCAUUUUAGCUACCAAUGCUUCCAGGUAUGCAACACAAACAGUAGUAAAAUAUGAAAAACACCAGCCUUAUUUUUUAUAUCAAAGACUGUGGAGGCUGUGGGUUGUAAAGGGGUUUCUUGUCCCAGUGAGGGAAAUAUUAUUAGCUGUCUGUUAAUAUGAAGGAGUGUUAUUAAAUGUCAGCUGCGUGAAAUGUCAGAAAAUGUGAGAUAUUGCUUGAUUUCCAUGAAUUACUCCUUAAAAUACUCAUCCAUCCAUUUUCUUCUCAGUUUUCUUCAAUAUAGUGUUGGUGGGGGGGGGGUAGCCAGAGCCUAUACCAGCAAGCAGUGGGUGCAAAGCAGGAUACAACCUGGAAGGGAUGCCAGUCUAUAACAGGGCAGACACAGACACAAACACGCACACACAGUGCAGAACUUUUCAAAGUAAGACUACAGUAUGUAACUUACUAGACCGGUCACACUGACCAGGGUCAGUUUUCCCAGAAGCCUCAUGCCUAAACUAAUGAGAAAUUGAUGCAGAGUUCAUCCUUCUGAAGUUCUCUGUUGAAUUUUACUAUGUAGUUGAAAAGGGCUCUUAGAAUGUAAGCUAAAGAUCUUUGUUCUGUUUUCAUUGACGUUCUGUAUAUAAUUCCAUAUAUUAUGCUGUUGACAAUCUUGUUAUUAUAUUUUAAUUUAUGCAUCUGUGUAGACUUUGUUUUGCUUUCGUUUGGGAGUUUUCAAGGCACCUAAGAAUUUGUAUAGUUGUAUAAUGUGUAUCUACCAGAUGCCGUUUCUGUGAUUUUAUUAUUGUUAAAGAGUUUCUUUUAAAACAAAUUCACCAAAUUAUUGUAAAUUAAUUGUAAAUUGUUCAUUCUAAAUUAUUGUAAUGUAUUCUGUUGUUCACAAGGCUUACACAUCUUAGGCACAACCGUAAGUAACGGCAUAUUUAUUAGCAUCAACAGUUUACUCAAAGACACCACUCAUGUUUUCUAUUAUUAUAACACCUUUGGCUGUUAUUUAAACAGCAUAGUUUAGGUGAGAACAGGCCAAGCCUGUCAUUUAAUAUAUUUCAUUCACAUUGAUCAAAAUCUUCUGAAACCUGAUCCUAAGCCAACAAGAUCAAGUAUACACAUACAAAUAGUAUGAAGUGUUUAGGUAGCUAAUCCAUUUUAAUUUAAUUAACAUGAUCUGGAAUGAGCUGUUCAUCAGCAUUAACAUAAUGUUCUUCUCUACACAUCUAUAAAGCUAUAAAGCUUGUAAUUUCGCACUACAAAAAUGUAGAUUAGGAUUAACUGCUACAAUUCCUAAAAUUUCCAAAUAUGAUCACCAUAGAACUGUUUCUGCAUAAAGAAUGAAAAUGUUGUACAAACAGAGCAGAACAUUUCAAAAUAAGACAAUGUACAUUACUGAAUCAAUCUUUCCUAGGAGUCACCACUAAACGUGUAAUUUUGUUUUUCUAUAAAAUCAUUGCUGAUCCCAUUACUAAAGAAAGAUCUGUUUAUCAUAUCACGCUGUAUUUGUUUAUUUCUAUUAUCUACAGAAGGAAUUAAAGACUGCAAACUAUAUGUUAAUAACUUGAUUGCUUUUGUUGGAUAUUGUCCAAAAGCUUGAGACGUGUGAGUCCUGUAUUUCUAAAGAGAAGAGCAGUGUAAAUCAAUGAAUUAUGUUGCUAAAUUUCUGUGUUUUGUAAACAAUGUACUUUGUUUCAAUGGACAUGCACAGUAAAACCUAGAAU